AUGCCGAAAGCAUCGGUGACCACUUCAAGACGCGUCAGAUUCACGCCUUUUGCUAGCAGUAUCUCGCCUAGCAGUGGUGACGAUAGUGGUGCCGCAGCUGCGACAAGCCAUGCGCGGCGCCGAUCAGACGAUGGGAGUGAUAGAUCGAGCCUAUGGAGGGUGGAAUCUUAUCAUGAGGUUGACCCCGUGAAUGAGCUUGAUGAUCUAGAGGGGUUUGAAAAUGAUCGACGUUCCCCGGAUGUGGAAGAUGCGGAAGAAUCCCCGCCCCCGCCUCCUACGGUGACGCAUUUGUUUCUUAAUAAUAAGCGUGUCAUGUCAAGGGCGAAAGAUUGGGGAAGUGUUUUGGAUCCGGUGUCGCAGCGAUUGCUGUGCAGAGUGCCGACGAGUACACUCUUUGAGGUCCAGAGUGCAGUCGAUGCUGCGGAAGAUGCGCAGCCGGAAUGGGCGGCGCUGGGAUUCCAGACGAGAAGAGAACAUCUUCUGAGAUUGAUUGAUGUCCUGAGAGAAAUGUCUCCUGAUAUUGUAACAUGCCUAUCUCGAGAAGUUGGCAAAACUCUAGCGGAUGCAGAUGCAGAGGUCUUCCGUGGACUCGACUGUAUCCACGCCGCAUGCUCAGUUGGCCCUGAGAUGGCGGGCAUGUACCUUAACGACGUCACCAUGUUACAAACCUUCUACGAGCCGAUCGGAGUCUGCGUGACAAUCACCCCAUUCAGCUUCCCAUUCAUGAUUCCUCUCUGGUCACUCCCGUAUGCACUGAUAACGGGCAACACGACAGUUCUCAAACCAUCUGAACGAGCACCCACCACUUCCUUACUUCUAGCGGAAGCGUUUCUUAGAACUGGAUUCCCACCCGGUGUCUUCAAUGUUCUCCACGGUGGCCCAUCAACCGCAAUUCAACUGAUCAAUCAGCCCUCCGUCCAAGCCAUCAACUUUGUUGGCUCCGAGUCCGCAGCAAAACAAGUGCACGAUAUCGCUAGAGCUCUGGGGAAACGCGUACAAGCCGAAUGCGGCGGGAAGAAUCACGGCGUGGUCCUCGAAGACGCGAACAUGAUGCCGACUCUGUUUGCGAUCGCGGGAAGUGCAUUUGGCGCUGCAGGCCAGCGGUGCAUGGCUUUGAGUGUCGCCGUCUUCGUGGGGAGCACUAGAGAAUGGAUCCCGAAGUUGGCUGAACUGGCGAAGUCGAUGGUUGUUGGUUGUGGUGGGGAUCAGGAAUCGAAGAUCGGACCUUUGAUUGAUCAGGUGGCUAAGAAGCGAGUAGAUGGGAUUAUCCAGCGGGCGGUUGAAGAGAGAGCUACUGUUCUGCUGGACGGUCGAGAUGUGCAAGUGACGGACUAUCCGCAUGGCAAUUUCAUGGGGCCGACGAUUCUCACCGGAGUGGAGACGUAUAUGGAGUGCUAUCAGAUCGAGAUAUUUGGACCGGUAUUGGUAUGCAUGGAGGUUGAUACACUGGAUGAAGCUAUUGAACUAAUUAACCACAAUAAAUAUGGAAAUGGAUGCUCAAUCUUCACGACGAGCGGAAAGCACGCCAACACGUUUCAACGAAGAGUCAAUGUUGGGCAGAUUGGGGUUAACAUCCCAUUGAUAGCCCCAUAUGGAACCGCCGUCCGAACAAGCAACAAGGACUCUUUCCUCGGUGAUCGCCAUGCUCCUGGUAAAGCAUACUGGCCUUUCUUUACUACCACCAAAACGGUGUCCUCCAGUCCUGUUACACCAACGCCCUGUGCCGUUCAAACCGACCAUCUGCAAAAUAUCAAAGUCAUGACGACAAAUUCGUAUCCUGAACCGACGUCACCCAAGCAGCUGACCCGAAUGGAACAGGCAACCGGGGACCCCGGAGUGUGGGGAGGUGUGCUAUCCAGACUGGCACCCGAGGAUAAAGUUCGGUUCCGAGUCGCCAUCCGCGGAUUGAUCCACGAUCCAGACCGCGUGUUUUCAAGAUUCAAAGGCCCCCGGAUUAAGCCGGAUGCUCAUUUUCAGGAUGGGAUUCCCCCGGAUCAGGUUGCGCCUAUUCCUGGCGCUGAAGGGGAGGGGGUCGUCGAUGGGCACAUUCCGUUACUCACCUGGCGGUCCUUUCUCAUGGGUAUCUUUGUCUCCAUGGGUGGUUUCUGUUUUGGUUAUGAUACUGGUCAGAUUUCCGGGUUUCUUGAGAUGAAGAAUUUCUUGGAGCGAUAUGGGCAGUUAGGAUCGGAUGAGACCUAUUACUUCUCGAAUGCGAGAUCGGGACUGAUUGUUGCUUUGCUCUCCAUCGGCACUCUCAUCGGAGCCCUCAUCGCCGCCCCCAUUGCCGAUCGCAUCGGCCGCAAAUGGUCCAUCACCGGCUGGUGCGGCAUGCUCUGCGUCGGCAUCACGGUCCAAAUCUCCAGCCCCUCGGGAAAAUGGUACCAAGUCGCCAUGGGCCGCUGGGUUGCCGGGCUCGGAGUCGGCGCGCUCUCCCUCCUAGUGCCCAUGUACCAGGCCGAGUCAGGACCCCGACACAUCCGAGGCUCCCUGGUCAGCACAUACCAGCUCUUCAUCACGCUCGGCAUCUUCGUCGCCAACUGCAUCAACUUUGGCACCGAAGAGCACGACAACACCAGCUCCUGGCGCAUCCCCAUGGGCGUCACCUACAUCUGGGCCAUCAUCCUCGGCGUCGGCAUGGCCUUCUUCCCCGAAAGUCCCCGCUACGACUACCGCCACGGCAAAGUCGACCGCGCCUUCCGCACCCUCUCCAACAUGUACGGCGUUCCGAGGAACCACCGCGCCCUACGUCUCGAAUUCGAGGAGAUCCGUCAAAAGUACGAGGAAGAGGUCCAGCGCGGCCAAGUCACCUGGAUGCACCUCUUCCGGGCCCCUCGGAUGGCAUAUCGCGUUGCCGUCGGUGUCGCCCUGCAAGCCCUCCAACAGCUCACCGGCGCUAACUACUUCUUCUACUACGGCACCACCAUCUUCCGCGGCGCCGGAAUCCAGAACUCCUACGUCACGCAGAUGAUUCUUGGCGGCGUCAACUUCGGGUGCACGUUUCUCGGCCUCUACCUCAUCGAGAACUACGGUCGUCGUCGCUCCCUCAUCGCCGGCGCCCUCUGGAUGUUCGUCUGCUUCAUGAUCUUCGCCUCUGUCGGCCACUUCCUUCUCGACCGUGACCAUCCGGAGCAAACCAAAACCCCAGGAGUCGUGAUGGUCGUCUUCGCAUGUCUCUUCAUCCUCGGCUUCGCGUCAACAUGGGGUCCCUUCAUCUGGACGAUCAUCGCCGAACUAUAUCCGAGUGAGUACCGGGCUCGCGCAAUGUCACUAGCCACAGCGUCGAACUGGCUCUGGAAUUUCCUACUCGCGUUCUUCACCCCAUUCAUCACGAGUGCGAUCGACUUCCGACUCGGGUAUGUCUUUGCGGGGUGUUUGUUUCUGGCUGCCGGGUUGGUCUAUGUGGCUGUUAUUGAGGGGAAAGGUAGGACGCUGGAGGAGAUUGAUACGAUGUAUGUGAUGAAGGUGAAGCCGUGGAAGAGCUCGAAGUUUGUGUUUCCGGUUGAUGAGGGUGGUGAGAGGAGGGGGAGUGAGUGGGAGAAAGACUCUGAGGCUGCGGGUGUGCAGGGGAGGUCGGCUCAUGUGGCGGAUUUGAAUGGGAGAGAGGAGGGUUUGAGGAUGUAG